CACAAUAAUAUCUUCUCCCACUCUUUCUCUCUCUUACUUUCCCUUACCCCAUUUCUCUCUACCACCAUCACCAGUCAAAUCGUUUUCCUUUUUUUUUUCCAACUGAUUUUUUCCUUAUACGGAAUAAGAACAAAAAUUAAGAAAUUUGUUGCAUGGAGGUUGAGAAUGAAGAUUUGAAGAUCCGUUUCAUCAUCUUAUGAUUGUUGUAUCAGAUUAUUAGAAUCGCUGCUACAUUUCUUUGAUGAGAAAUGAAGAAGAUGAUGUUAUGGAAAGUAUUACCUUCUUUCUUGUGCUGAGACAGAAGCUUUGAGGGUUCUUUGAUGCUGGAAUAGAAGUUAAUGGGUGAAGUACUUAUGAUAUGGAGAAUUGACAAUUCAUUCGACGAAGAUAUUGGGUUUGUGUUUUCAUGAUAAAUAAAUCCUCGCUGCAUUGUUUUUUUAGUGCGGUUGAUAUAGGUUGGUCCAAUGAACAAUAAUGUUGGGAAAAAAGGUUUGGCAGAACAAAAAUAUGAUUAUUGACAGAAAAAAUCUCAAUAAGAGAGUUGUUAAUGAAGGGUUAGGCUCUGAAUCAUCAACUGAAAAUAACACAAGAUUUAGUAAGGCAACCAAAGAUGGAAACAAUGGGUUGAAGGGACCGAUUCAAAUCCACGAGAGGUUGCAGAUUUCUCAACAACCUCCUCAAAGUCCAGUUGUAUUCUGGGAAAAAUUUCUUCCUGUUCAAUCAAUAAAAGUUCUGCUGGUGGACGAUGAUGAUUCAACACGGAAUGUUGUGUGUGCUCUGUUGAGAAAUUGUGGUUAUGAAGUCACUACUGUUUCAAAUGGUCUUCAAGCAUGGAAAAUCCUAGAAGAUCCAGAAAAUCACAUUGAUCUUGUUCUAACAGAGGUAGCUAUGCCUGUUGUAUCUGGAAUAGUUCUUUUGUGCAAGAUCAUGAGCCACCAAACUCUGAAGAAUAUUCCUGUAAUUAUGAUGUCAUCUCACGAUUCUAUGGGUAUAGUCUUUAAGUGUUUGUCGAAAGGCGCAGUCGAUUUUUUAGUGAAACCUAUUCGGAGGAAUGAACUUAAAAUCCUCUGGCAACAUGUUUGGAGAAGAUGCCAAAACUCUAGUGUUAGUGGGAGUGAAAGUGGAACACACACACGGAAAUUUACAAAGUCAACAAGGAACUGUGCAUAUGAAAACAAUAGUGAUAGCAGUGAUGAGAAUGAUUAUGGAAGCAGAGGCUUGAGUGUUCAAGAUGGAAGUGACAAAGGAAGUGGAACUCAGAGUUCAUGGACUACAUGUCAAGCUCAAGUUAGCAGCAGCCCUCGUCCAGUUUCAUCUCAUCAACAAUUGCUUGAUGCUCCUGAUAGCACGUGUGGCCAAGUGAUGCAUACAAAGCCUGAAAACAGUAGUGGUAUGUGGGUCCAUUCCACAGACAAAGAGUUUCAUGAACCGAUUGAUCAUCCUGAUGAUAUUGAAAUGGGUAAAGAUUUGGCUAUGGGAAUAUCAUCAAACGUGCCACUAAAGUAUCAAGAUGAGGAACUAUCUAACAAUCCAAUACUUAAAGGGAAUAAUAAGAUCUUUGAUAUAGAUGGUAUGCAGCUCACUAAAGGACAGAGUAAUGUCGGUGGAAAAGUACAACUGGAAGAUGACAGUGAUAGAACCAGGAUGCAGGAAAAUCAGGCUAUGAAUGUUGGUGUUACUGACAGAAGCAAUCCCGGGGCUGAAAGCAGAGAUUUGCACACUCCAAAUGGGUUUUCUGGUUUCGCAAAAUCAAAAGCAAGUUGUUGCUUCAAACAGCAUCCAUCACUUGAACUAACAUUGAAAAGGAUGGGAGAAGUAAAAGAUGCUACACAUGUCACAGGUGAUGACUGUAAUGUUUUGCGACAUUCAAAUCUGUCAGCAUUCUCAAAAUAUAAUACAGCUUCUGCUUACCAGGCUCAAACUGGAAAUAUAGGAAGCUGUUCCCCACUAGACAAUAGCUCAGUUGCACCACCAAAUACAGAGACAAUAUACAACUUAACAUCUCAUUCAAAUACCACUCCUCCAAAUCAACAGUCUAAUGGGAGCAACAACAUCAAUGACCUUGCUUCCACUAAUACAUAUCGUAGCACCAAACCUGAAAAUUUUGACAAGAAACCUGAGUCUGCCAGGGGGAUUGGCUCUUUUGUUUCUUCUGAACUCCAAACUGUGCAAAAUAAUAGUAUCUCUGCAUCUCAGAAGCAGAUUUCUGCCAAAGAAGAAAAUGCAGAAUUCAUUGAAGGACAUGUGGGAGGCUCUGAACAAGGAUUCCAAGGCGAGCACACUCACCAUCAACUUCAACAUUGUAAUCACAUCGACCACAAGGCUGCAGUAGAUCUCCGAUCAGUUCAUGAUCUCUUACUGAAAAGCACGACCAGAGAUGCUCAGCAAUGUACGUCGUCGAAUGUGUUUGGAGGGCCAGCAGAAAGUAAUGCUGAAAACUAUGGUUUGGACGGAAGUGCAGCUGAGAGUGGUCAUGGGAGCAAUGGACAGGAUGGAAGCAACACUUUGACAAUCAGAAUGAUAAAUAUGGAAAAUAGCAAUGUCGCAACUGGGAGCUUUGGAGUCGGUGGCAUUGAUAGAAUAAACAUUGGAAGUGGGUCAUAUGAAGGACGAAAUGCAUUGAGAGAGGCUGCCUUGACAAAAUUUCGUCAAAAGAGAAAAGAAAGAUGCUUUGAGAAGAAGGUUAGAUAUCACAGCAGGAAAAAAUUGGCAGAACAGCGGCCACGUGUUAGGGGACAAUUUGUUAAACAAAUAGUGUCUGAUACCAAAGAAGAAAAUAAAGAAAGUGAGGACUGUGUAUCUACGGAAAAUUAUAGUGAUGUCCCACGACAACACCAAUCAAAAUGCUGAUUUUGUUCCAGCGACUGCAUCUAGCUUCUGUGAGUUGGUAGGCGUCUUAAUUACGUGAAAAACUGACAUGUAAUUUGAAACUUCAAGACAAUGCUCUAGAGUCCAUUUAUGGUUGUGAUUGUGAAUUGAAAAACUACAUGCAUCUAUUUUCAUGUCUGUAAUGUGUCAACCUUGUUCAUGUCUUUAUUAUAUUCGUAGUGAUUGUGUAUAAAAAGAUCAAGGAUUUAGUAAUUCUAUAAUGAAAAGGUGCACUCGGAAAAUGUCUUACUCUAUAAGGAUAGUUAUUGAUUGUAAUAUCUUAUCAACAGUUAAUAUGAUGAUAAAUUACACGUGCAUGUCUUAUUAUUUAUGAA